UCUCCUCCCUCCAUCUACCGCACCUUUUCACCAAAAUAUGCCAGUGAAUUGAAUGAGGGUUAGAGUUUCUUCUUUCCUGUGAUCACAAAAUUUUGUUUUUCCUUCUACCUUUCAGCGAAGGAAUCAAAUCCUAACAACUCGAUGAAUAUCGUUUCGAAGAAAUAGAUUUCAAAUCGACGAACAUCAACAUCGACGUUGGGUUUUUUUCGACGAAUCGAAUGGAAGCUAGGUUUCUCCUCAGUUUUGAAAGUUCCUCCAUGUCAUGAAGGAAAGUGUUGGGAGUUGGAUUGGGUUCGUCUCUGUGUGAUUCUCAGAUUGAUGAAAUUUAGAAGUUUUGAAAGAUAGCUGCUAUGCUUAUAUGUCAGCCGUCAAAGGUUGAGAAUUGUUGUGCCGGUACAGUUUCGGCAUUCGUUAAAAGAGCUAGAGGAGCAGAGGGUAGCAAAUUUGGAUCAUAUAUUUGGCAAAGAACCCAUUAGGAUAGUUACACCUUCAACUGAUUCUGAAGUUGCAACUUCGAGUCUUGGAAGGAUGUUGUUUGCUGCACAGAAAGCACGCUGCUGGCUCAUCAACACAAGGCAAUCCAGGUAUUGAUGAAUAUCUUAUCCACACGAGGAGUAUUUGAGCAAGACGCGUGUCUGGAUGCUUUAAUCUCAAUAAUGCUCGAUUCAUCUGCCAACCAAAUGGAUUUUGAGGUGUGCAAUGGCAUUGAGGAAGUCGCUAUACUCAUAAAAGACAAACAAGUAGAAGAGAAUUUGAAAUUUUUAUUACACCAAUUUCAUUAAACGAUGGGCAUGAUACUCAUGCUGACUUGCUGAGCCCGAGGCCACCCACCUAGUUCUUCCCUGUGAAACUGUCAUCACCAUUCCACUCCGCCUCCAAAUCUCCAACUCUCUCUAGCCCCCAUCAAUAUUCUCAAUACGAAAAACAACCGACAAAAAACAGGGACCAUAAUUACCAGCACCAAAACCCAUGAAAUCCCCACCUCUCCAAACCCCACUCCCACCCCCAUCCCCGUCCCAAAUCCACAAACUCAUCUCCUCCCAACACGACCCCCUCCUAGCCCUUGAAAUUUUCAACCUCUCCACCUCCACCCACCCCACCCUCCGCCACCCACCCUCCACCUUCCACUCCCUCAUCCUCAAACUUGCUCGCCACCGCCACUUCUCCCUCAUGCACAACCUCCUCUCCCUCCUCCACUCCCAAAACCACCCUGUUCCCCCCUCCCUCCUCUCCCACCUCCUUCGUAUCUACUCCCGCUUUGACCUCCCCGAACAAGCCCUAACCACCUUCCACACCUCUGUCCUCCGCCUCAACGCCAAGCCCCUCCCCAGACACCUCAAUCUCCUCCUCCAGCUCCUCGCCUCCCGCCGCCACCUCCUCCGCCCCGCCUUCGACCUCUUCAAGUCCGCUCAGGAUCGCUACUGCGUAACACCCAACGCAAAAUCUUAUAAUAUCUUGAUGAGGGCAUUCUGUUUGAACGGGGAUUUGAGUGUUGCUUACUCCCUGUUCAACCAAAUGCCUGAGAGAGAUGUCAUGCCGGAUGUGGAGAGUUACAGGAUUUUGAUGCAGGGUUUGUGUAGGAACAGUCAAGUGAACAGGGCUGUUGACUUGUUGGGGGAUAUGUUGAAUAAGGGGUUUGUGCCGGAUACAUUGAGUUAUACCACGUUGUUGAAUAGUUUGUGCAGGAAGAAGAAGCUUAAGGAGGCGUACAAGCUUCUUUGUAGGAUGAAGGUUAAGGGUUGCAACCCUGAUAUUGUACAUUAUAAUACUGUUAUUGUGGGGUUUUGUAGGGAAGGUCGUGCUCUCGAUGCUUGUAAGGUUUUAGAGGAUAUGCCCUCGAAUGGGUGCUUGCCAAAUCUGGUUUCGUAUAGGAGUUUGGUUGCUGGGUUGUGUAGGCAGGGUUUGUAUGAUGAGGCAGAGAAUUAUGUCAAGGAAAUGACGUCCAAGGGGUUUUCUCCACAUUUUUCGGUGUUUCAUGCCAUGAUCAAGGGUUUCUGUAAUGUGGGUAAGGUUGAGGAAGCUUGUGGGUUGUUGGGGACAAUGUUGAACCUUGGGGAAUCUCCUCAUGUUGAUACUUGGAUGGAAAUUAUCCCGAGGAUUUGCGAGGUGGAUGAAAUGGUUAGAAUGAGAAGUGUUUUGGAGGAGAUUUUAAAGGUGGAGGUAAUGCCUCACACGAGAAUAGUUGAAGCAGGUGCUGGUUUGGAGGAAUAUUUGAUCCGGAGGAUACGUCAUGUAUCAAGACGCGCUUGAAAGUUCUUUACUGCUAAUUUGGUUGAACAUGCUUAAACCUUGAACCUUGGCGAACCACAGGGUUUUCAGAUAAUAGUUUCUCUCAGGAUAAGUUGACUCUUUAUUUGGUUGGAAGAGGAGGGUAACGAUAGGGUAUUGCAUGGUUAGGGAUUUGGCAGCUGUAGUUUUUGGGAUCCCUCUUUGAGGUUAAAUUGCUGUCUGCAUAGAGAAAUUUGAUCCUUUUGUUAGAAUAAUAUAGCUGUAAGGGCUGGCUUUGGAGAGCUAUUUAGAAUCUGAUCGCCAGGUGGCGGUGCCACCUAUGGCGCCUUCCCGGGUGGCCGGAGGGUUAUCACAUUGUUCUGCUAGUUUGGGAAUCUUCUUCCAAGGAGAUGGAAAUUCUCAGACUCUGGGAACUUCUCACUUGAGCUCAUCUCUUGGGAACUCAUCGAAUUCAAUUCCAGGAGCUGGACGUUCGAAUCUGGUGCCCGUUUCUGGAGACGCGAGUAAUACGAUCUUGAACAGUGUGGUGAGCUCGUGGCCAAGUGUUGGGGCGAGUUCAUUGGUUACUGACGCCAACUCAGGCCUUUCAGGUGGUCCCCACCUGCAUAGAAGUGCCAGCAUCAAUGGAGAAUCUUACAUGCGCCUUCCAGCAUCACCCUUGUCGUUUUCAUCCAAUAAUAUAACUUCAGGCUCAUCGGUCAUGGACGGGUCCUCUGUAGUGCAGCAGAGCUCCAAUCACGAUCCAAACUCCCAACAGAUUCCACAACCGCAGCAAGGGAAUCCCAGUGCUACAUCCUUGCCCACAUCACGAAUGGGCCAGGUUUCACUUCCCGGUGUCCCACUUUUCCACUCUGGGUCUUUUUCAGUCAGGAUCCCAAUAACGCAGAAAAAACCACGAUUGGAUAUCAAGCAGGAAGAUGUCAUGCAACAGCAGGUUUUCCAAUAUCUGCUGCAGAGACAGGACUCCAUGCAGCUGCAAAACCACAAUCCUCAAUUGCAAAACCACAAUCAUUUUCAAGCUUUGAUUCAGCAGUAGAGGCUGCGGCACCAGCAGCAACAGUUUCUGCAGUCUAUGCCACCAAUGCAGCGAGCCCACCUACUGCAACAGCAGCAGCAGCAACAACAACAGCUGCAGUUGAGACAACAGCUUUAACAACAGGGAAUGCAACCUAUGUCUUCCAUGAAACGGCCCUAUGAUAACAGCGUUUGUUCACGUCGGCUCAUGCAGUACUUGUAUGAAUACCACAAGCGGCAACACCCUCCUGCCAAUGCUAUUGCCUGUUGGAGGAAGUUUGUUACAGAGUAUUACUCUCGGCAUGCAAAGAAAAGAUGUUGCCUGUCACACUAUGAUAAUGUUGGGCAUCAUUCACUAGGUGUUUUUCCCCAGGCUAACAUGGAUGCUUGGCAGUGUGACAUUUGUGGUUCAAAAUCUGGACGGGGAUUUGAAGGGAAGUGAUAAAACUCUUCAGUGGGCGGCGAUGGACGAUAUGUUGGAGAUAUUUCCAGCAGCGAUUCCAAGUAUCUAUGAGAAAAUGAAGGAUGUGUAUGCAUUACCACAGCCGAGCUUUAUGACUCCAUGGACUGUAUACCUGAAGAACACCUUGUUGAAGUAGUGGAAAUUUGUGUUGGGUUGGGAACUUGGGUUUGUGGUGUCCGAGAAAAGCGUGCUGAUAUGUUUGGUUGGCAGCAGAGGGUAAAUUACAGAAAGCAAGUAAAAGUCACCUUUAUGUUUCUUGAUCCCUAAACACAAUUCACAGGAUUUCGGGUUUUGGAGGGUUUUUGCUGGUUCAUCCUAGCAGUAUUUCCUUUUUGUUUUCAUUUCACUGAAGAAGAAUCAUUGCAUUCUUUGAAAACUUUUAAAGUUCUUAUAUAGUGACAGGUUAGCCAUCUGUUCUUGAGCAAGUUGUUUAAUAACAAUUUGCAAUUUUCUUGCUACAACACAUUCAGUUGCUUCUAAUAGCUUUGUAUCCACUAUGACAUACAUCAAUCUGAUAGUGAAUUCAACUUUUGACGUACAUUUC